AUGAACUCCGUUGCUGACGCAUCUCUCUUCAUCCUUCGCACACGCAUUGCUUAUGUCUACAUUCUUGUUUACGUGGAUGAUAUCAUAAUCACGGGUUUGUCUCUGGCUGAAAUCACUCGCAUUACCACUCUGUUCGCUGCCAAGUUCUCUCUCAAGCAACUUGGGAAUCUCUCCUAUUUUCUUGGGAUGGAAGCUACUCAUACUCCUGCUGGUCUGCUCCUUACUCAAACAAAGUUCAUCACUGAUAUACUUCGUAAAGCAAAGAUGUUUCAUGCUAAACCGGUUGCCACACCUAUGUCCUCUUCGGAUAUUCUCACGCUAGCUAUCGGGACUGUUCUCUCUGAUCCGACUGAGUAUUGUGCUACUGUUGGGAGUCUGCAGUAUCUGGGUCUCACUCGUCCUGAUAUCGCCUUUGCGCGUGUCCUUCGUUAUUUGGCUGGUUCUCCUCACAAAGGCAUUUUUUUCUCAGCCUCGACUCCUCUCUCUCUCUCUCUUCAUGCGUACUCUGAUGCAGAUUGGGGAGGCAACCGUGAUGAUUACACCUCUACUGGUGCGUACAUUGUCUAUCUUGGCAAGCAACCUGGUCCUCGAAGAAACAGACCGGUGUCUCUCGGUCCUCUAAUGAAGCAGAGUAUAUGGCUCUUGCAAAUGCAGCGUCUGAAGUUAGGUGGCUCACCUAUCUAA